AUGGAUCCAUCCGAGAGGAAGCGUCAGAACGAAGCUCUCAGACGCAAGCUGCUAAGCGGAGGUCUCAAGCCGGGCCUGCUUGAGAAGUACCAGAACUGCAGCGGUGCGCAGCAGAAGUUCGAUUUCUUGAAAUCCUUCAUAUUGGAUCCCGAUAUGGAGAAUGUGGAAGUCGAAGCUUGCUUCAAAGAGCUUGCCGAACGGAAGACAUCGGAUGUCUAUGUUGAGCUUCCACUGGAAGACCUGAAAAAAACCUAUACGACGGAAGCUCAGAAAAAAUUCCUCACUGAGACUAUCCUGCAGAAGCAGCAAGGACGCCCACACCCGCAGGACCCUGGCAAUAGCGAGAUGCGCCUCUACCGUGUGUACCAGACUGGAGUGGACAAAAGCUCGAAUCUUUCGCAACUUUCAACGAAGCUCCGUGGCAAGGGGCGGGUCGAGAGGAAUGCCGCAGCCAGAAAUGCGCUGGCAGAUUCCUUGGCUGCGAAGUGCGCAGACAUGGCGAAAAAUUUCAAUCAAAAGGAUCCGAAGCAACCCAAGAAGAAAGCCCAGAAGGAACUGACGCACGACGAGAAGCAGCAGAAAGAGUUCGAUCGAGAUCUACAAGCGGUGCAUGCUCUGGCCAGCAAAGCACGCACGACUGCGAAGAAUAUCAUUGAUGCAAAGAUGCUGAACCAGGAGGCUACCGUGCAAAGCAUGAAGGCAGUCUACGGGCAGCUCAUGGAGUUGCAUGCAAGGAUCAAUGAGAUGAUCUUUAACGGCGAGAACUUCGACAACUAUGCGUAUGUGCUGAGUGCGGAGAAAGAGCGCUGCGAGGACUUCGAGAAGCAAGUCGCGUCAGCAGAAAGCAUCGUCAAGGCCCACGAGACUCGUCUCGUCCUCAGCGGGGUGCACUCCCGUGUACGGCUAUCGGAUCGCUUUUGUUCUUGUAACCAAGGGGUCGCGGCCGAAAAGAGAAAGCGGGAGAAGGAAAAGAAAGAUGCAGAGGAAAAUGCCAUCAAGAAAGCCAAGGCUGCCGAGGACUGGGGAGAAUGGGAUGGGGAGACUGAAGAUUGGGGAGAGGACUGGCAGGAUGAAGAAAAUGCCUAG